AUGACGAGAUCAUCAUUGGGUAAAUCACACAAGUACAAUGAUCGCGACCAUGCCGGCCUCGCUGAUGGCACCGCUCUUCCACAAGAGCAUUUGCCCCGUUAUUUCGCAAAGUCAGGUCAUGUCGAUGCUGAUCCCAAGAAAGCCAAGAAGAAUGGUGCUGGAAAGGGCGGAUGGGGUGUAGAUGGCGAAGAAGUCCAAGACGAAGGCUUCAACAUGGCCAAUGCUCGUCGUCGCUCCAACAGCAGUUCUUAUACUGCCGGUCUCAAAGACUUCAAGACUAAGUUCGAACAAAUCGAAACCGAGCCAGUUUUCGAAGAGAAUGUCCAUGGUGCCUUGAUGGAAGAACUUCCCGAGACUACUCGUUCCAACACAAACAGCUCGGAGGGCAGCAGUGUUGAUGAGGAUGUCAAGACCAAAGGACUAGGUGAGGCAAUCUGUCUUAAAUUCGCGGCUGAGGGGUGUGAUAUCGCGAUCAAUUAUGUUUCUAGUGAGGAAAAAGCGAAGGAGAUGAGGGGGAGGAUGAAGAGUGAGUUUGGAGUGAAGGCUAUUUGUUUGAGAGGGGAUAUGAGUCAAGAAUCCGAUUGUAUUUCUGUGGUAAAGGAAACGAUUAAGGGUUUGGGGGGAUUGGAUGUUAUUGUAUCGAAUGCUGGCUAUACACGCUUCUCGACCUUCUCUGACCUCUCGGCUCCUACAGCAGAGGAUUGGCAAAAGUGCUUUGCUACGAAUGUGGUGGCUCAGUCUAUUCUGAUGAGAGAGGCGUUGUCUACUUUUGAUGGGAAUGAGGAUGGAGGGGUGUUUAUUAUGACGAGCAGUAUUGCGGGGGUCAUUGCCGGAGGGAGUUGUAUGCCAUACUCGGUAACGAAAGCAGCUCAGUUACAUCUGAUGAAAUGUUUGGCUGCGACCCAAGGGCCCAAGGUGCGGGUGAAUGCUGUGUUGCCAGGUUUGAUCCUUACAGAAUGGGGAAAGAAAUACUCGGGAGAAGAUCAGGAAAAAUUAAAGGAUAAAGCAUAUCUGAAACAAUUGACGGAUAUCGAAGACUGUGCCCAGGUAUUUGUGGAUAUCGCGAAGAAUAGUAGCAUGACAGGACAGAAAAUACAAGUUGAUUCUGGCCUUGCCCAGAAUGUGUAA